UGCGCUUGCGCAGGGCGCUGCUGCUGUGCUCGAGCUCACGUAGACGCAGCGUGGCCAGCAGCUGUGGUUCCCCCCCCCCAUCGGCGGGCGGAGCGACACGGGCCCGGCCGAUAUAAAGAUUCCGAAGAGGCCCAGGCGGCUCUUGGGCUGCGCCACACGCCAGGUCCUACCGUGUCUACCGGCGGCUCGGCGCGGCGCAGGGAGAGCGGGGCCCGUGUCCCAGCAGGAGCAGCCAGCAGCCGCCUUCCCGCAGUGGUGUUCCUACUGGAUACUGAAAGAUGAGGACAGCACACAUUCUCUUUCCUCAAGCCUGCUCCUCUCCUCUCCUGAUUUGAACCCACAGAAAGAAGUUAUAGGGAGAAAAUUCUAGGCUCUGGUGAAAGUCCGGGACUUUGAAAGGCUAUAAAACUUUGGCAGCAGUUCAUGGGAGGAAAUACAGUAGCCUCUAGUGUGUACUGAGGCAACAGCUAUUGGACUAUGGCAUCCGUAAAGGUUUGGUGUAUUUUAGUCCUGAGCUUUCUGCUGCCUCAUUCUUAUGCCCAUAUGGACUUCUUCACUUCAAUUGGUCACAUGACAGACUUAAUUAACACAGAAAAAGACCUGGUGACAUCACUGAAAGAUUAUAUUAAGGCAGAAGAGAGCAAGCUGGAACAGAUCAAAAAAUGGGCAGAGAAGUUAGAUCAACUGACAGACACUGCUACAAAAGACCCAGAAGGAUUCUUGGGGCAUCCUGUAAAUGCAUUCAAGUUAAUGAAACGACUUAACACCGAGUGGGGUGAACUGGAGAAUCUGGUCCUGAAGGACAUGUCAGAUGGCUUUAUCUCUAAUAUGACUAUCCAACGCCAGUAUUUUCCUAAUGAUGAAGAUCAGGCUGGUGCAGCCAAAGCUCUCCUACGGCUCCAGGAUACCUACAAUUUGGAUACAGACACCCUCUCCAGGGGGAAUCUUCCGGGUGUAAAGCACAAGUCUUUUUUAACAGCUGAAGAUUGCUUUGAAUUGGGCAAGAUUGCAUACACUGAGGCAGACUACUAUCAUACUGAGCUGUGGAUGGAGCAAGCUCUGAAACAGCUUGAUGAUGGAGAGGUGUCUACUGUUGACAGAGUCUCCAUUCUAGAUUAUUUGAGUUAUGCUGUGUAUCAGCAGGGGGACCUGGACAAAGCAAUGAUGCUCACCAAGCGACUUCUUGAACUGGAUCCUGAACAUCAGAGAGCAAAUGGUAACUUAAAAUACUUUGAAUAUAUCAUGUCUAAAGAAAAAGAAGCAAAUAAGUCUACUACCAAAACAGAUAGCCAGACUGACAAGGAAACAAAGAAAAAGGAACCAAGCAAAGAUUACCUGCCAGAGAGACAGAAGUAUGAAAUGCUGUGCCGUGGGGAGGGUCUCAGAAUGACACCUCGGAGACAGAAGAAACUCUUCUGCCGCUAUUACAAUGGAAACCAGAAUCCCAAGUAUGUUCUGGGACCUGUCAAACAGGAGGAUGAAUGGGACAAACCUCGGAUUGUUCGCUUCCUUGAAAUUAUUUCUGAUGAAGAAAUUGAAACUGUGAAAGAACUAGCAAAGCCAAGGCUGAGCCGGGCUACUGUACAUGACCCUCAGACUGGGAAACUGACCACAGCACAUUACAGAGUCUCUAAGAGUGCCUGGUUGUCUGGAUAUGAAAGCCCUGUGGUAUCUCGCAUUAACCUGAGGAUACAGGACCUAACAGGACUGGAUGUUUCCACAGCAGAGGAACUACAGGUAGCCAACUACGGCGUAGGAGGCCAGUACGAGCCUCAUUUUGAUUUUGGAAGGAAAGAUGAGCCAGAUGCUUUUAAAGAAUUGGGAACAGGCAACAGAAUUGCUACUUGGUUGUUUUAUAUGAGUGAUGUAUCAGCAGGGGGAGCUACUGUAUUCCCUGAAGUAGGAGCUAGUGUUUGGCCUAAAAAGGGAACAGCUGUAUUCUGGUACAAUCUUUUUCCAAGUGGAGAAGGAGAUUACAGCACAAGGCAUGCAGCCUGUCCAGUACUAGUUGGAAACAAGUGGGUAUCCAAUAAAUGGAUCCAUGAACGUGGUCAGGAAUUCCGAAGACGGUGCACUUUAUCAGAGUUGGAAUGAUGCAAACUUUUCCCUGUCCUGUACUCGUUUGUGUAAAAUAUGUCUCCCCCAUUUAACUUUCUACAAUUUAUUAACACUCCACUACAGGUACAAUCUCCAACCACAUCCAGUAUUUCAUCUGUGAAGAAACACCUACAUUGUUUUAGUUCACUCUACAAUAUCCCUUUUAGAGAGAAUAUAGUGAGAUUUUAAGUUUUUCAGGCUAGAAGGACAAAAUAUAGUUGUCAGAAAUAACAGGGAUAAUUUGUGAUUUAUAGUACCCUUUACUCUGUAGAAUCUCUGAUCAGCAGAGAAAGCCAGUAUGUGAUUUCUGUUAGUCCUCACAAGCUUGAGUUUACCAGUGGUAAAAAACAUGAACAAUCUAAUUUCAAGCACAGACUCAUUGUUUGGAGGGAUGCAUUAAACCAGUCCUUGUCUCCAGCUUUCUGUUGUAGUGUGCCUGACCACUACAGUUGAACUGUGGGCAUGGUUUGUGUUUCUCCUAGACUGUUUUUCCACUACUACAGAAGCCCAGACUUAACUGACUUGUAAAUUCUCUCUCAUGCCUCUACAGUGAAUUUGACUUGUAACCCAGAGAAUGUGAGCCUGCAGUCAUAUACACGUAUGUGUUUUGGCUGUGCUGUGUCAGAUACCUGUGUGCAUCAGAACAGCCUGACAGAAAUCAUGACCUGCUUUCCAGGUCUAGUUUUGUUUUAAUGGCUUAGUUUGUCCAUUAAAAAAAAAAAUCUGCGUCUUAGUAAUAAACCUUUACAUUCAUUUUGGGGACAGUACCAUCUUUGAUUAAACAAAGCAUUGUGCCUUAGGAGACUGGAAUUUUCAAAGUGGUUAUGAGGUAAUACGCAAGCCUCAAAGGCUUAUUUGUAAAAAGCCAAAUUUUCCCAUGCUGAAAUCUUUUGUGACAAAGGCAAUCUAUUUAUAAUCUUCACAAAUGCUUUUUAUUUUGUGUAUGUUUUGAUAUGUUGUGGAUAUUGAAUGCAUGCCAUAAUUGUGACUGGCUUUUUACCAACUCUUGACUGAAUUCAUACAGGAUGUACAUGAAAGUAAAAGUGAGGCACACCAGAACCUAGCAGGCCACCCUCUGUCUGUCUAAGCUUGGAUUAUUAAAUGCUGAAAAUUUAAUAGUGUACAGGUAGCCCCAUUUCAGAUAAUUGGAUUUUCUACCUGAGUGAAAACCUGAAUAUUGAGCCCAAAAGGUCAGAGAAUCCAACUAUUAACCUAUGCAAAUACUUUGUAGUACCUUUAAAUUGCAUCCCUCUUCAGAAGGAUUAUAAUAAAAAAAGUUAAAUCAAGUAAUCAAUGGCAAAAUAAAAUCUAGCAAAGAAAUACACACCAACCGAACAGAGUUCUUGUUCUCUGAAUUUUGACUCUUUUACAAGAGGAAAGAAAGGGGCACUGAACAGGGGAGAUGAAAAAUUUGUUAAUCCCCUCAUUUAUGUUUGUCACUCAAUUUUUUCUUCUUUGUCCAUUCAUUGCUUUCAUAUGCUUUCUUUUGGUAGCAAUGGCUGAAGUUUAGUCCUGCAAUUUUUCAGGAAAAUAGAGUGGACAUGGCUAAGACAGAUUGAUAGACAGGAACAAAAAACCAAAACACCUCCAUUCCAGUACCCCCCUCUAUGUAAUCAAACAGUUUCUCUUGUUAGAGACAUCCAAGUAAUAGUGUGGCAGCAAAGAGUCUGUAUUUUCUUCUUAAGCAAAACUCACUCUUCUUACAUUUUGCCAGUGCCUUUUUUUUUAAACUCUGAGAUUUCUCAUUUUUUUCUUUUAAGAAGUUAAACAGUCAGUGGUCAUCUAAGUUACUGCUAUAUGCUUGCUUGAAAUAUCUAUUGCUCAAACUGGAAGAAAGCCAGGCUAUGCUCCAACCCAUCUUUUACUUUCAGUCAGCAGUAGUGAGAAGAUGGGGGUAUAGCAUACCAACCUGUAACUCCCAACUCAGUGCAAGCAAAGACAAACGCACCUUCCUUCAAAAGAUGGCUAGAGGUGGGAAACAAUGGUUUGGGGCCUAUUAGACUUCAGUUGGUAAGUUCAGAAAAUAGUGUCUCUUUCUGCACCCACCCAUCAAUAAGCAUUUCUAAUGUUCAUAGAAACUUAUCUAAAAUUCUAAUUAGUAUUGUUUCAAUUGCAUGAUGCUUAAGAUCCAGAAAUAAAAUCACUUGAUAGUGAAAAUGGACAAAAGAAAUGAACUAAGUGAAAUUUAGUUUCCUACUAGUGAAAAUGUUCCAUUGGAUAAAGUUAUAUCUAAGACUGGUUAAAGGUGUUGAAAAUCAUUAAAAACUGAAUCCUUCCAAGCCUGGUUAGUAGGAAAAGAAACUAUUUACUUUAAUUGUUGAAGACCCAUCUUUCAUUUUUCCUGCUUGAAGCAUUCAUACAUUUUAACACUAUAUAAAUGUAAAAGUACUAUUGCUUGCUGCCUUAUCUAUUAACUUUCUAAAAAGGGCUUUCAGAUCAAGAGUUUGGCUCCUGUGUGAAUGCAGUUUAGUAUUAAAUAUGAAUGACAACUAUCCGGUUCAUAGUGACUGACAUUUGAAAACAUUGCCUAUUAAUUUUUUUGUAAAAGUUUUUAAAUGUAAAGAACAGGCUUAAAAUAAAAAGUCACUGCCACUUGCAGUGAAAAUCCUCAACAUCAAA